GCAGUUUCUCUAGGAUUUCACAGUUGCAAAGAGCCCCUUGGGCUUCUCUGCCUUCCCUGAUACUGCGUUCUUGGCAGUGCUGUGGUGUGGGAAGAAGGCUGAGGGCAGCUUUAUCAACUUGAACACAAAGGCACAUAAUCUUACUGGGACAUCAGAAGAUGAUACAGAGGAGGAAUACACAGAGAGAGACCAGUUUUUCUUUGUGAUCAUAGUCAACCCAUGAAGAGUGAGUGCUCUCAACCACCUACAAAAUACCCUGGACAAAAUGUAUGCUAGCCGAGAGGAUAUUGGAUAUGAUUUCGGAGAUGACUCAAAAGUUGGAAGUAAGCCAAUUAAGCCUAACCCAAACAUUGAUGGAGGAUGGGCUUGGAUGAUUGUACUUUCCUCUUUCCUUGUGCACAUACUUAUCAUGGGGUCCCAAAUGGCCCUUGGAAUACUCAACAUGGAAUGGCUCGAAGAAUUUAAUCAAAGUCGUGGCUUAACAGCAUGGGUUAGCUCCCUCAGCAUGGGCAUUACACUUAUUGUAGGUCCUUUCAUUGGUUUAUUCAUCAGCAUGUGUGGGUGCCGCAAGACAGCUAUUAUUGGAGGAAUAUUGAACGCCGUAGGUUGGAUACUGAGUGCCUAUGCCUCAAAUGUGCACUACCUCUUCCUUACGUUUGGAGUGACAGCCGGUGUUGGAAGUGGGAUGGUUUAUCUGCCUGCGGUUGUCAUGGUAGGGCAGUAUUUUCAGAAGAGAAGAGCACUUGCACAAGGACUCAGUACCACGGGAACAGGGUUUGGAGCUUUCCUAAUGACUGCCUUACUGAAGUACCUCUGCACUGAAUUUGGGUGGAGGAACGCCAUGUUCAUCCAGGGCGCCAUAUCCCUGAACCUGUGUGUCUGUGGGGCACUUAUGAGACCUCUCUCUCCCAAAGACAUUAGUGAAAAAUACGUUGUGAGAAGUAAUAGUGAAGAUAAUCAGGCAAAAGCUCUGUCCCAUUCUGCAGAGACUAUAAAAUCUAAUGGAGUCCUCAGUGAAGAACCAGAAAAAAAAGAAGAGGCAACAAAUGAAGAAGUGCUUGACAGUGUUCAGCACAUAGAAAUUGGAGGUAAAUCUAAAAGCGGAAGGAAGAUGUACGGAUUGCGCAUUCUUAAGACAGUGAGCCAGCUGACGGUUACAGUCAGGAAGGGCUUUGCAAUAUGGUACUCCAGCUACUUUGGAGCUGCAUCACUGUUUACCAAUAGAGUAUUUGUGGCCUUUGUAAUUUGGGCUUUGUUUGCCUAUAGCAGCUUUGUCAUUCCCUUUAUCCAUCUUCCAGAAAUAGUCAAGCAGUACAACUUGUCUAGUCAGAACAAUAUAUUCCCUUUGACAUCCAUCAUAGCCAUUGUUCAUAUUUUUGGUAAAGUGAUCCUUGGAAUCAUAUCUGAUCUCCCAUGCAUCAGCACGUGGAACGUCUUCCUCAUGGCUAACUUUACCUUGGUCACCUGCAUUCUUACUUUGCCACUAAUGCAAACAUACGUUAGCUUGGCUGUGGUUUGUGGUCUAAUAGGAUUUUCUAGCGGCUAUUUUUCUCUAAUGCCUGUUGUGACUGAAGAUUUAGUUGGAACUAAACACCUUGCCAAUGCCUAUGGCAUCAUCAUUUGUGCCAAUGGAAUAUCUGCAUUGCUUGGACCACCCUUUGCAGGUUGGAUCUAUGACAUCACACAUAAAUAUGAUUUUUCUUUUUACAUAUCUGGCUUGCUAUACAUGGUGGGAAUAAUAUUUUUACUUGUACAACCUUGUAUUCAAAAGAAACAACCAAGAGAAAAAUCUAUGGAAGAGGCACAAGUAUAG